GCAGAAAUCAGCCACCGGAAGCCAACACUGUGCCAUGCCUUGCCAGUUGUCAUUUCUGUGGUCUUCAUCUCUGGCAUUGUUUCUCUAGAUGAAUGUGUUUUUUAUACCAACAUAAUUAAUGACUAUCUUUUUAUAUGUACGAACUGUACGAUGGGGUUAUCUAAAAAGGAGGCUUUUAAGAUUUUAGAACUAGAACAAGGUGCAAGUGCAGAUGAAAUCGAGCUUAGUUACAAGCAGUUGGCUCUCAUGUGGCAUCCUACAAAGCAUAAUGGCAGUUCCACAUCAGUGCAGAAUUUCGAGAAGCUUUGUCAGGCGUACAGUGCGCUGACCGACAGGGAUGGAGCACAAAAGGAUUCACUCACCUUGGACGACAUGGCUGCUCUCUUCCAAAAGGCAUUCAAUAUUGGUGACUCGGAUGACUCGUCGUGUGAUUCCUGUUAUGGCGAUGUGGACGGCAGGCAGUACUGCGUCAACCACAAAGACGCUGCGCGAGCUGCUCUGCACAACGGAAAUGAACUCAUUGCCCAGGAACAAAAGGAAAAGGCCCAAGCACAGCGCAAGAAGUCCAAAAAGAAGAAACGGAGGGAACGGAAGCGUCAACUGAAAGAACAGCAAGAGCAAGGAGCCUGUGCCGUGACACAGGAAGAGCACAAAGUUGCGAUAUUGUCUGGCAGCGAGGAGAAAUCAAAGAGCUCGGACGGGGAUCAAGAAGAGGACGAUUUGGAUCCAAACAGUGCAUUUGUAGCCGCUGCCCUUAAUAGAAAGGGGCGCCAGGGGUUAGCGACGCAGGCGGCCCCGGCAGUCACGAAGGAAACGAAGCAAGAAGAAGAGAUGUCGAAGGCCAAUGUCAUGCAGAGCCGAGAGCUGGCUCUUCAAGGAAACGAAAUGGCAAACCAGGGCCUCUACAAGGAAGCCAUCAACUUAAUAACGCAAGCUAUCAAGCUGUACUCAGUAGAACAUAGGUAUUUUGGAAAUAGGUCAUACUGCUUUUACUGCUUGGAGAAAUAUGAUAAAGCAUUGAAGGACGCCGAGCACGCCAUUGAGCUGGCACCCACGUGGCCGAAGGGCUACUUUCGGCGCGGCCGAGCUCAAGUAGGGCUGGGCCUCCUGAACGAAGCGCAGCGGUCGUUCGAAGAAGUCCUGCGGCUGGACCCCAACUGCGAGGAGGCCGUGCAGGAGCUGCACGCGGCCCGGCUUCUGGUGGUGUGCGAGGCCGGCUUCUCUGAAAACGACGCGCGGCUCGCGCUGUCCUGUCACGGCUGGAAAGUGGAGGAAGCCAUCGACGCCCUGCUCAUGGACUCCGCCUCGGCGCCGGCGGCGCCGCGGCCCCUGAGGCCGACGACGUAUCCGCUGCAGCCGCCGGACGUCAAGAUGAACCCGAGCAAUCCAAACGGGCUGUGCUCCAUCUGGGUCGGCAACGUGCGCCCCGAAGUCACAGAGAAAAUGCUCACGGCCCUCUUUAAGAUGCAUGGUGACAUACAGAGCAUUCGUGUGAUGCACGAAAGACACUGUGCCUUCAUCAACUACACCAACAGUACUGCAGCAGGGCGUGCCAUGGAUGCCCUUCAGGGUAAAGAGCUGUGCGGGACGCGUCUCCUCAUUAGGUUUCCUGACAACGCAUUUGCUGACCGUGGUUCGGGAGUGCUUGUCCUCAAGAAGCAACCUGUCAAGUGCUACACCACCACCUGCAGAACAACAAAUAAACCAGCAGAGAACAGCGAACCGAAGCCAAAGAUCAAGGGACCCGUGAAUGGGGACGAGUGCUACUUUUGGCGCACCACGGGCUGCUCGUACGGUGAGCACUGUCGCUACCGACACGUGCCCAAGAAUCAAGGCAUUGACCGCAAAGCCUGGCCUACAAAAUGACGGAUCAGCUGCAGUUCAUUGGCCAACGUCGUGGCUGCUCUCGUGCCUUGGACAAGUGCCUUGGUGCUGCUGCUGGCCUCUCCAACUUGUACAUAUGCAUUUCGGUUUUCAGCAGGUGUUGUUCAGCAUGCUUCCGACGGACACCAGCUGCGCACAGCUUGGCUUUGCAAAGCUUCAGUUUUAAUGCCAGAGCAGAGCGUCAUCUGUUCACAAGAGCAAUCACGUGCCAAACAGUUCGCAUUCCGACAUUUUAGUACGCUCUAUGUCUUUAGGAAAUUGUCAAUUUCCUGUUGUACGCAAGAACCCGUUACUGUAUACUCUGUUCCAAAUCCAGAAGCUGUGGAUUAAACACCAUUCUUGCCAUCA